AUGGCACUACAUGCAUUGUACUUUGUGCUGUUUCUAUUCAUUUAUCUUGGUACAUUGUUGGGAAAUAUAUUGAUCAUCUUUGUAAGCAGCAUGGAUUGCCGUCUUCAGAUCCCCAUGUAUUAUCUUCUUAGUAAUCUUUCCCUCAUGGACAUAUGUUACACUACUACCACUCUCCCUCAAAUACUGACCAGUCUUCUUUUGAAGUGUCCAACUAUCUCAUUUCCAUCAUGUGUAGCUCAGCAAUAUUUCUUCCUCUCUUUGGCAGCCUCUGAGUCUUCAUUGUUGGCUACAAUGGCAUAUGACCGAUAUGUUGCUAUUUGUUUCCCACUGAACUAUGUGACUAUAAUGAAUAAAGAAGCCUGCAUCAAAAUGACAUUUGCAGCCUGGAUAAUUGGAUGUAUUUAUGGAGUAGUUCACACUGCCAACACUUUCAGGCUACCAUUCUGUGGUUCUAAAAUACUCAACCACUUUUUCUGUGAUAUCCCUCCAUUGUUAAAGAUUUCCUGCAUUGAUACAUACUUCAAUGAGGUGACUAUUUUUGUUGUGGGUGGUUUCCUUAUGCUUGGAUGCUUUCUUUUAAUUUUUGGAUCAUACAUGCGGAUUCUUUCAUCUGUAUUGAGUAUUCCUAAAGGCCAUGGCAGAGAGAAAGCCUUCUCUACCUGUGUAUCUCACCUAAUUGUUGUCCUGCUUUUUUAUGGUAGUGGAAGCUUUAUGUAUAUGCGCCCUAAAUCUAACCGUCUGGCUGACAAGGAAUGGCUGCUCUCCAUUUUCUAUACAAGCAUUACACCUCUCCUUAACCCUCUCAUAUACAGCCUGAGAAAUAAAGACAUCCAAGAAGCACUACUAAAGCAGAUAAACCGCAGAAUGUUGCAGAGAUAAGGUUCCGUAUUCUAAAUCAACAGGAUAUCUUAAGUAGCCAGAGUUCAGGUCAAGCAAGACACUAGAUUUAAGAUGUUUGACUCAAAAUGUGAUGAUUAGCACUUGUGAGGACCUACUGGCUUUUCAGGCACAUGUAUGUAAAUUAUUUUUAAAAUAUUUAUAAAAAAUGUUUGCAAAGUUUGUCUCAGAUGAAAGACUCAAUUAGAUAUGUGCCAAUGUCAUCGUGUUCGGUAUUAGAAUGAGUCUAUGCAAUA